UUGAAAAAGCAAAAAAAAAAAAGAGUCUAUAUAUAUAAAGUGACGCUUAUGGAAAAACAUGGGUCUCUUACUUGUUCUCUUCUUCUCCGAUUUCAAAAACUCUCAAAAAUCAACAACAAUGGAUUCAAUCGAUUUCGACGAAAACGUGAAAACAGAAAAAUCAAAGGCGUCGUUGCAUCGUUUCCGAAGCGUCGGUUUCUUCUUCCGUGCGACGGAGAUCUGCGUCGCUCUUCUCUUCGUCUGUUGGAUAUUCACUUGUCUUCCUUUCGCCGUUAAAAUUUCCGGCGAGUUUUUCCGUCGUCUCGCUUGCUUCAUUUCCACUCCUCUCUUCAUGUUCUUCCUUGGUAACUCCAUCGUCGUCGCUCUUCUCACCACCAAAUCCACCGUCGCCGGUCGUUCAAUCUCUGAGACUGAUAUCUACGAAGCGUUUAUCAGAUCAGGAGACAAUCGCGUUAAUUCGUCCGACGGAGAUCUAACGGAAGAAGAGAUCAUCGUCUUCGAUGAUAAACAGAUGAUCACCACCGCUGAAACAGAUUCAAACUCAAAUCCCACGGUGGCGCGUGUAGAUCACGAAUCUGAGAAAGACUCAAAUUCAAAUCCCACGGUAGCGCGUGUAGAUCACGAAUCUGAUAAAGACUCAAAUUCCGUUACAGAUCAUCCUACAAAGGCUUAUCGACGAAGCAAAUCGGAAAUUUCAGCGAAACAGAGUAUAGAAACAGUGAUGAAACAUUCACUCCGGCGAUCGGUGACGGAAAAAUGCCGGAAAAUCAUCGAAUCGUGCAACGAAAGUCCGGUUGACGAGAUCAUUCCGGAGGAUCACAUGACAAAUGAAGAGUUUCAAAAAACAAUCGAAGCAUUUAUAGCAAAACAGUUGAUAUUCCGACGCCGGAAAUCUCUCGCCGUCGUUAUACAUAACAAGAUCUAAAAAAAAGUAUAUAUUUAAAUGUUGUAUGUAAUCCUCUUAUCAACGAACAAAGUUUUGCAAGUUA